GGCUAUUUGGUGUACAGCCCAACAUGAAAACCUUCAAACCCUAGGGGGCUGGGUCAUCUAUCAAAUGAUAUUUCCCAUCUGCUCGACAAACAAGUGGGCUAUUUCUUUGCAAAACUAUGCUUCAGCGAAGCUAAUCGUCUGCAAAGAUUCGACCCGUCUGCUUCAGAAGAAUAUCUGCAGCUUCCGGCUCCGGCGGACCUAUCCGCAACUCCCCAACCGGUAACAGUCAGGGUUUUUUUUUUCUCUUUCCUGAAAUUGGGGAAGAACUCUCGCCGAGGCAGCAAUGGCAGCCGAGAGAAGAGUGGUAACAGUGGGUGGGAAGGGCUACUCACUGACGUCCUCUUCGGUAUUUGAGGUGGCCAAUGGCCUUGCUCGUUUUGACAUUGAAUCAUCAGCUCUUUCAAGGAUCUCGUCCUCUUCAAAUUCGAAAUCCGCUACAACCACCAAGUUUGCAUUAUCAAUUCCUAACUAUUUGAGCCCCGAAGAGGCUAGAGCUUCAGUGCUUCUGCUCCUAAAUAAGCUUCUACUUUCCUUGUCUCCAGCUGCAUUUCAGUUGCAGGAUAUACUCAAGGAAACGUCCCUUAGUCCUGAUUAUACAAUUGACAAUGUGCCCAAUGAUGACAUGGUUCUCUUGGAUUUCCCAAUGGCUGCUAUCGAUGGCAUUUCUGCUAUUCUUGAUCACCGGUCUUCUGCCUUGUCAGCUGUCGCUGAUGCAGUGGCUGCCCUCUCUUGUGAGUGCCUAAGAGCUGAUGCGUCUUGUUUCAAUUUGAUUGAUUCUGGUGAUGGUUCUUCUGCCAAGGACGAUGUGGCUGUGGCAUCCGACUUGAAGGUGUUUCUCAAUGGGUCUAAGUUGGUUAAUUCCAGCAAGAAUCCUGUGAAUCCUGCCGUUGCCAAGAUUUCCAGUGCCCAUGGUAGUUUCCGGGAGAGUUUGUGGUGGCUCCAUUCCAGAUCUCGGGUUCAGUUGAAUUCGAGUUCCAGAGCUUGCCCUUCUGGCACUGCUGAUGCCAUGUCACCUGUGCUGUUAUCAUUGGCUGGGGCUCUCUGGAAUUUGGGGGAUCUCAGUUUUCAGCGUGCCAAACUUGUUGGCAGCUCAACAUCUCAUGGUGAUUUGAGUUCUUUUAUGAUGGAAAUGUUGGAUGCCAAAUGCCCACGCAUUGAUUCUCUGGAAAAGUUAUACAUGUCUGCACAAGCUGCUCUUUCCAAGAAGGAUUAUAUAUUGUUUUUGCAUGAAAUAUAUGGCUUGUCAGACUUGGUGAGAAAGAUUGUCUCAUGGGAGGCCACAACUGCAUUCAUUUUUCUUGAGGGAAGUGACCUGGUCGAGAAAAGCCAAGUCAACAAUGGGAGCGAGAGGGCGCCUUCAAGUGAAAAUAAUGCAAAAACAGAUAAGAAAGGUGAAAGGAAAAAGAAGGUGAUUCUGGGAAAAGGAACAACUGCUCUCAUGCAAUUCGUUAAGAACAGGUUUCUGAGCGGAGCAUCUGAACUAGACUUGGUGAAUACUUCCAUGGUACUGGAGACAUGUUCCCAAAAUUUCCUCUUAUUAUUGGAUCCCAGAGACUUGGGAUUUGACAGUCUGUUAAAGAAAGUGAAAGAGAUUGUAGAAAGCAAUGAAAGUCGAAGACUUCCAAAACUCCCAAAGGUAUCAUAUCUUUGUUACUUUUUUCGCUUAGCUUUUGGUUUUUACUGUUUCUGAGUUAGUAACGACGAA